CCAGAGACUUUGAGUUUCAUUUCUCUUCUGCUGUCAGCGAUGGCGUCUGCUGAUCUGAGAGCUGAGCUGGAAUGUUCCGUCUGUCUGAACAUUUAUACCAAUCCUGUAACCCUGAGAUGUGGUCACAACUUCUGCCGGGUCUGUAUUGAUCGUGUGCUGGAUACACAGGAGGGGUCUGGAGGGUAUUCCUGUCCUGAAUGCAGAGAGAAGUUUCCGGAUCGUCCUGCACUGCAGAGGAACAUGAAACUACAUAACAUAGCAGAGACUUUCCUGUCUGCUCAGCCAGAUCAAGAGGAGUCCGGGGUCUUUUGUACUUACUGUGUGGACUCUCCUGUACCUGCUGUUAGAUCCUGUCUGCUCUGUGAGGUUUCUCUGUGUGAUAAACACCUGAGAGUCCACAAAAAGUCCCCAGAACACAUCUUAUGUGACCCCACCUUGUCCAUGGAGAGCAGGAAAUGCUCCGUCCAUAAGAAGAUCCUGGAGUAUUACUGCACUGAGGAUGAGACCUGUAUCUGUGUGUCCUGCAGUUUGGCUGGAGAACAUCGGGGACACCAGGUGGAGACACUGAAUGAGGCUUCUGAGAAGAAGAAGGAGACACUGAGGAAUGUUCUGCAGAAUCUUCUGACAAAGAGAGAGGAGACGGAGGAAAGACUUCAGAGUCUGCAGGAACACAGGAGGAAAGUAGAAGAAGAAGAAGCUGGUGACACCGAGAGAGCCACUGUCUUGUUUAGAGAUCUCAGGAGACGUCUUGAAGAUCUGGAAAAGAGAAUCCUGAGCGAAAUCUCCGGGAGGGCAGAGCAGAUCUCCAUCUCCAUCCGGGAUCUGGAAAUAAAGAAGGAGGAGCUGUCCAGGAAGAUGCGUCACAUUGAGGAGCUGUGUAACAUGACGGAUCCACUGACUGUCUUACAGGAAUCAGACACAGGUGACUUGUGUGAUACUGAGGAUGGAGAUAAUGAGGACAGAGAGAGACAUGAGAAGCUCCUCCAUGAUGGAGGGGGUCUGGAUGUGGCGGGGGUCUUACACACAGGUUUAUCUGAUAUAAUAACAGAGGUAAAUGUAUACUUCCCUAUACAGGGAGCUGCAGACAUAUUACUGGAUGGAAACACAGCUAAUAAUGAUCUACAGAUAUCAGAUGACAGGAAAACUGUAUUCUGGUCAGAUAUAGACCAGAAUUACCCAGUAACAGCAGAGAGAUUUCUUAAUACUUCUCAAGUGUUUAGCAAUCAGAGUUUCUCCUCAGGGAGACAUUACUGGGAAGUGGAUGUCGGGGGGUCAGAGAGAUGGAGAGUCGGGAUGUGUUACCCCAGUAUAGAGAGGGGAGGAUAUUUAUCAUUCAUUGGAAAUAAUAAGAAGUCCUGGGGAUUGCUCAGGUCUAUUAAUCAGUAUUAUGUGAUACAUGACAGUAAUAAGACCCCCUUACCCACCUAUCCCCCCGGUAACAGAGUCAGGAUAGAUCUGGAUUAUGAGGCCGGGCGGAUCUCCUUUUAUGAUCUGUGUGACCCGAUCCGACACCUCCACACCUUCACCACCACCUUCACUGGGCCCCUCCAUGCUGUGUUAGGUGUAUGGGGAGGUUGUAUAAAGAUAUGUGGGGGGAGGGGGACAUGUGACAUCACAGGGACAGUUGGUAGGAUUGGUUGAUUGUUCAGCCAAUGAUUGGAGGAAGUGGUGACUCCUGGGAGAAGUAUGAGGGCUGCCAUUGCAGGCCUCCAUCUGAAAAUGCUAGUUCCCUGGCUUUGUACUUGUUCCGGGUCAAACACUGGGACAGCAUCAAAUCCAAACCAUAGACAUGACAGCCAGGGAACUAGCAUUCUCAAACGGAGAGUUUAGCAAUGGCAGCCCCCAUAAUUCUCUCAUGACAGAUGUCCUUUUACCCCUUGCUGACUAUCAUAUGUAUAUAUACAGCCAGUCAACAAGAGGUUAUACCAAGGUCAUGGACACAGAAACUGGCCAUUGGCUGUUUUGGGUGGCUUUACAUUUUCUAUGAAUGUCGGCAGUUUUCAGUCCUGGAAAUCCACGUCUCCUUCAUACAGGAGAGAAUUCUGGGAAAUCUCUGGCAGAAAACAUGAUGAGGAAUGAGUCUGCCCAAUCUCCUGUUAUAUGAUGAUAGCAGACCAUUAGCUGGGACUCUCCCUGGCUUGUCUUAUGUUAUCUCCGCUUUAUCACAUAACGAUGAUACAAAAGUCUACAUUGUAAUGUAAAGUGAUGUUUUAUUAUAUUAUGGGGGAGGGGGAUGGGUGUGUAAUAUAGAGUUAUAGGGGGAUACUGGAAUGUUCUUGGAGGUUCCUUUUGCUCACAUCAUGUUGUUGGGUCAUUUAACCCCUUCAAGACCAGAAUGUUUCACCCCCUUCCUGCCCAGGACAUUUCUCAGUUUUACCGCUGUCACUCUUUCAAUGAUAAUUACUCGGUCAUACAGCACUGUACCCAGACACAUUUUAUAUAAUUUCUUUUAAAUAGAUAGAGCUUUCUUUUGGUUACAUAUUUUUUUUUUAAAUCAGGUAGACGUUUAUUUGAUAAAACCAACAAGUAUAUCCGUAACAAUAAAUGUUCCAGACAGUCCAAAUACAUUUUAACAAAUCAACCAGAAUAGAAUUCAUAGCCACACCUUAUGACAUUAUGCAAGAUAGGAUGGUCAACUUUUGUUUUUUUAUAUAUAUAUAAAAGGAAAAAAGACAAAAAAAAUUGGGAAAAAAUAGUUU